CAGCCAGCCUGGCCAUGAUAAGGCAAGCUGGGAGUGGUGGUCCAAAACAACUGGGGCGCUGCAGAAGGAUUCCAGUGCAGCCAUUUGUUGCUACAAUGAAGGAUUCUCUGAUGCUUCUGAGUCGCCUCCCAGCACACCCAGAUUCCCGGUGCUGGUUUCUUGCCUGGAACCCUGCAGGGACUCUAAUAGCUUCCUGUGGUGGUGACCGUAGCAUCCGCAUAUGGGGGAAAGAAGGAACAGCUGGUUUUUCACCCCUGUACAGGUGCCACCUUACAGGUGCUUUAGCCACGGCUUGCGGAGAUGAUGCCAUCCGUGUGUUUGAGGAGGAGCCCCUCUCGGACCCCCAGCAGCCCACCUUCAUCCUGACUGCCCACAUGGCCCGGGCUCACUCCCAGGAUGUGAACUGUGUGGCUUGGAACCCCAAGGAGCCGGGGCUGCUGGCCACGUGCAGCGAUGAUGGAGAAAUGGCCUUCUGGAAAUACCAGCGCCCCGAGGUUUGCUGAGAGUGUCCGGCUUCUCCCAUUCCCCAUGGCUAUGAUGCUGCAGUCCUUGAGCCACUGGUUCCAGCACUGUAACACUGACCCACACACACCUGGGUGCCCAGCUGAGCUGCAUCCCCUCAGGAGAAACAAUCAAAUGUGUAGACGAUUGUGCAAACUUGCUAUGCACUGCCCAUCUCCCCAUCCUGAUUUUUCAGAAGACACAUUUCCCGGGUGACAACUACUAGCUGAGGGGAAGACAUGGCCCUUUUUCUGUACAGAUUCUUGAGCCAAUUGUACAGAAGCGAGGUUUCUGUGUACCAGGAAGGCAUUUCCCAUCGCUUCUGUGCUAGACCCAAUAUGGGAAGCAAUAAGUCCUUGUAAUUUAUAGUUUCCACUGGUAAGAGCAGUUUCUCAAAGAGACAGGUUUGUAUGGGGGCAGUCCAAAGAGGGGGGUUGCAGAAGGAAAAGAGGAACAGUUCUUGAAGCUAGCUGGUUUAAAGGAA